CAGCGAUAUAGAAUCGGGCUUCGUCACGGCCUCCGUACGACUAUGCGAUGCGCAGGAGUGUCAUCGGCCACAAUGGCUCAUCGCCCACGAAGCACAAUGCAGCGAAUGAUGUCCAGCAAUGACCUCCUCGUCCUCAGAACGGCCAAGAGGUCGCUUGCAUGGAGCGCGAUCGAAGCAAGAGCAGACAAGUUUGGGCAGAAUCACACUUGGUUGCAGAGCAAUGCAACGAGAAUGGAAAGGGUACAGGCAGACCUGCUGGCCCAGUGUGCCUUCUGGAAAAGCGUGAAACCAGAGCUCGGGCAGUGAUCUCGAGUGCUAUGAUGGCAAUGUUUCAAUAAAUGAGUCCGUCAAUCUACUGCUCGUAUUCCCCCUGCGUCCAAAGACAUAGAUGGCGGCACAAGCACUCUCGAAGCAAGAAAGUAAGCGGCUGAGGGGAGUUCAUCUUCGACAUGCAUCAAUUUUACACAACCUACUCGUCCUUUGCUAUGGCUCCUCGUAGAUAAAUACAUCAAUGCCGGCAGACUUUCUGAGGAG